AUGUCUUCUGCUAAGGUUGUUGCUCAGUCGGUCGACAGGUUCGAAUCCAGUGAGGAUAGAUCUGGUGAUCUCUCUGACUCGAUAGACGUGGAGUUUGAUGAUACAGAUAUGAAACCGGAAAAGACUGACAGAUCGGUGUACGAUCAGAAUAUUACUUUGGAGAUGUUGGAAGCGAGGGCGGAGGAUUUGACGUCAAGGAUGUCGAAUAGUGUAAACAGUUCGAAGUCACGUGUUCCUGAGGAACUCCGUCUCCGUAUCAACAGCCGGGAACGUGAGCGGAUGCACGACCUCAACUCCGCUUUAGACAGUCUGCGUCAAGUGAUGCCUUACUCACAUGGCCCCACGGUGAAGAAGUUGUCGAAGAUGUCGACGUUGUUGCUUGCGAGGAACUACAUCGUGAUGCUGACGCGUUCACUGGAAGAGAUGAGAAAACUCGUUCAAGACCUGUCUCUGCAGAGAAGUACCCCAGCCCUCGGGAUUCCACCUCACUUCACCCCCACGGUGGACCCUGCCCGGCACGUGUUACCAUCGCCCUACCACCACCCACACCUCACCCUGCCUACAGCAGCCUUCCAGGCCACGGGAGCCCCAGGAUUCCCCUGUGCGUGUCCCGAGUGUCAAGUGAAGCCUCACCCCCAUCAACAGCCCCAUCGUCAGACCAAGGAGGGCUGGAAGUCGUGA